UCGAAACGUACGAAAAACACAGCAACACUGCAAAUAAACAUAUGUUUUGAAUAUUUUAGUUAGAUAAAAUAGGAAAUAUGGACUUCUUCCACGAAGCUAUUGCGCUCGGCGUGGACCUGGUGAUACUGGGCCUGUGCGCCCGGGAAUAUGUCCACUACAAGCGCACUGCCCAGCUGCUAAAGACGGCACCGCAAUACAACAUCGAUGAUAAUCUGAAAUCAUUGGUGGAGCGGCAGCACGAGAAGAAGAUCCCCUAUGCGGUAAUCCGGGGCACAGUGACACCCAUUGGGGUGCCUCUAAGGAGUGCCUUGGUGCCCAGUGUAAGCGGUGUCUUGCAGAUUGUCAAGCUGCACGAGCACCGGAUCACCCGUGGCUUUGCCGGCUUCUGGACGGAGCACAGCAAGCUGCUCCAUAAGACGGCCAACGAGAUGCCAUUCGAGUUACGCAAUCAGCAGUACGGCGUGGAGAUUGUGGACGCCAUGAGUGCGGGUGUUCUCGAUGUGGACAUGGUCUAUGACAACUAUGAACCCUCCAACUUGUCCCUGGUCGAUCAUGUCUUUGGUUUCUUCAGCGGCAUUCGCCAGAGGGGACUGCAAACAACGGAGGAGGUCCUUCGGGAUGGCAGCUUUAUCACGGCCAUCGGUGAACUGACCUCCGAUGGCAAGACCCUGCGCAUGCAGCCCUCCAAGGAAGGUCCACUCUUCCUAACCACCGCCACCAAGUCGACGCUGAUCAAGCGAUUUGAAGAUGCCAAGGGUACCACAUUACUCAAGAUCCUUGUGUGCAGCACCAUUUCUGUGGUCCUAGUGGCCUUCAUCCUGAAGAAGGUAUAUAGGCGAAGGAAACAGGAGCAAGAAGAAGCCAAGAUUCGGGAUCGCUUGGACACAGAGCGCCGCGAACGACGUGCGAGAAGUCGUCCUCAUACCCUGUCCCAGGAUCAGCUGUGUGUUGUGUGCUCCACCAAUCCAAAGGAGAUCAUUCUCCUUCCCUGUGGUCAUGUCUGUCUCUGCGAAGACUGCUCCCAGAAAAUCUCCAUUAGCUGUCCCGUGUGUCGUGGAAAAAUCAACUCCAAAUCGGCUGCCUUCAUUGCCUAA